AUAACAAGUGAAUGCCUAGAAUUAUCUACAUAAUUCUCCUUCAAACAUUAGUGUUACAACUCACAAGUGCACUAGGAUGUAUAGUGAUUUCUAAUUUGGAGAUCAAAGGUAUAUCGCCAUUUGAGUUGAAUGACCUGGCAGUAUAGGGCCAUAUUAUGCAAUUCAGAUAUUGUGCAGCAGUACAGUGUUUAUGGGGGAAGAGAAAACUCACUGCCGAAACCCGGGAUCGAACCAGGGACCUUUAGAUCUUCAGUCUAACGCUCUCCCAACUGAGCUAUUUCGGCUUGAAAAACCAUAUUUUAUGCUCCUUACAAUCAUUAAUUGACGAAAUUGUCAGAUAUAUCAAGAGCGAUGUAGCACUAUGAGGUGAUGCCAUAUUUUAUGUGCACUGUGAUUUCUCUCUCUGAAAAGGAGUAAGUUUUAAUAGAUUCUCUGUUAGAAUUUAUUAUUUUUUGUGAUUUGUACAAGGUUAUAUUUUAUAUGGACUCAUUAUAUAGGCUACCCAUAUUAGACUGCAGUCAACUGUUUGCUAAGAACUUCACCAUGUUAACAGAGGGGUGUUGCGACCACAACUUGCUUGUGCUGAUCUCAAGUGUUCAAACAUCUUCUGGGAUAUGCAUCGUAUCACAGACGACACAUUUCAGCAGAUACGUACAGAAAACAAAGUCGUUGAACCGUACGGGGAUCGAACCCGCGACCAAGUGAGCUAACUGGCCAUAACAGGAGUUGGUUAUGACGUAGUCAAGACUGCAAAUGAAACUUACUGAACAGAAAGUAAAGGUUGUUCAGCUGGACGAGAAACAUAGUCUUCACUGACGAGUCACUUACCUUUGGACCUUUGGACCACAUCCUCUCAUAGCCACACUCCUAAUUCAGCAUGUCAGUGCAGUUCUCUGGCUGGGAGGUGGUCGAUGAUGGUGCUUCUUUUCCUGGUGUGGAGCUGGGGCCAUCACAGACACCUCAGCACCGGGGGGUUUACACUAUGUACCAUGGCACCAGCACUGCCAGUGCACGGCUCAUCAUUGCCAAUGGGUUUAAACCGUCAUCACAGGGUAUGCUGGGAAAGGGUGUGUACGUCAGUCGGGACAAGAAAAAGGCAUCUAAUUAUCCAUUGAAUAGUAGCAAUUCAGAUCGUGUGGUCUUUGAGUUACGUGUGCGUGUGGGCCGUGUCAAGCGUAUUGACAAGGACUAUCAUCCAAUGCAGUACACCUGGAGCACGCAGGGCUACAACACUGCCUGGGUCCCCCCCAAUUGUGGCAUGGUGUCUGUACCUAGCGGUCUAGAGGAGGACUGUGUGUUUGAACCCAAAAGAGUGAAGGUCGUGGGCAUUGUAAAGGCACCAAACACCACCAUAGAGAAGGAGCUUCAACAGCUUCUAGCAAAAAGAUCUGGAAGAGGUGGUGGGCGUACCGUCAAAGUGUGUUCACUGUGUAAGAGGAAGACCCAGCAGGGCUCUGUACACAUCAAGCAACAGUGCUGGGAGUGUGGGAAAAACAUCUGCAUUCUCAUGGCCAAGCAUUUCUGUCCAGCUAAACCCCGUCGGGGCACAGGGAAGAAGAUGACUGAUGCCCUCUCCAGGAUGUCGCUACAGUUCUUUGGCUGGGAGGUGACCUAUGAUGAUGACUCUCGUGUGGAGCUGAGGGCCUCUCAGGAGCCCAAGGACCAGGCCGUUUACACCAUGUACCAUGGCACCAGCGUUGCCAAUGCACGACUCAUAAUUGCCAAUGGCUUUCAGCAAUCUUCAGGUGGCAUGCUGGGAAAAGGCGUCUAUGUCAGUCGUGAUAAGAAAAAGGCCAAACGUUAUCCAUUGAAGAUGGACCAUUCAGUCCGUGUGGUCCUUGAGUUACGUGUGCGUGUUGGCCGUGUCAAGCGUAUCGACACAGACAACCAUCCUAUGCAGUACACCUGGAGCACGCAGGGCUACAACACUGCCUGGGUCCCCCCCAAUUGUGGCAUGAAAGCUGUGCCCAGCGGUCUAGAGGAGGACUGUGUGUUCGACCCCAAAAGAGUGAUGGUCGUGGGCAUUGCACAAGCACCAGGAAAUGUACUGGCAGAGCUUCAGCAGAGUGUAGCUAACAGUCUUACAAACCACAGUGGAGGAGACUGGGAUGCAGCAUCACAUGGUGGUGCUGCGGAUGUGUGUUCCCUGUGCAAGAGAAAGACCCUGCAUGGCUCUCAACACAUAAAGCAAUCCUGUUGGGGCUGUGGGCAAAACAUCUGCACACUAAUGACCAAGCAUGUCUGUUCAGUUAGGGUCUGAGAGGGUGUAAGGGCCUGAAAAACAGUUAGGUUGUGAAACAGAUGGGAUGAGGAUUGUAAUAGAAAAAUCAUAUUUUGCACUUUGUAUGGUCUGACUUUGUAUAACCUUGGACCUGAAUCAUUGAUAAUCCUUAUUUUGGUAUUAUGAAUCUGUUCUCACAUGUAAACUUCUUAUCUGGUGUUCAUGAAUAUCACCCAGGGGAUAAAUUACGUAUCUAUCUAUCUGGUACUCAGUCUGUGAUUACACUCUGUGUGAUUGUACACUGAUCCUUUGCAAAGCUCUUAUUGAAAUAUAUAAAGACAACUUGA